AUGAACAAACUGAGCGGCGGGCGGAGGACUCGGGUGGAAGCGGGACAGCUGCGGGGUGAGGAGUGGACUCGUCACGGGAGCUUUGUCAACAAGCCAACUCGGGGUUGGUUACAUCCCAACGACAAGGUCAUGGGACCUGGGGUUUCCUACCUUGUUCGGUACAUGGGUUGUGUGGAGGUCCUCCAGUUGAUGCGGGCCUUGGAUUUCAGUACUCGCACCCAGGUCACCAGAGAAGCAAUCAGUCUGGUGUGUGAGGCUGUGCCAGGGGCCAAGGGGGCUGCUCGGAGAAAGCCCUGUAGCCGCCCACUCAAUUCCAUACUGGGGAGGAGUAAUCUAAAGUUUUCUGGAAUGCCCAUCGCCCUAACUGUUUCUACCAACAGCCUUAACCUCAUGGCUGCAGACUGUAAACAGAUCAUUGCCAAUCACCACAUGCAGUCAAUGUCAUUUGCGUCCGAUGGGGAUCCGGACACUGCGGAGUAUGUCACCUACGUUGCCAAAGAUCCUGUCAAUCAGAGAGCCUGCCACAUCCAGGAGUGUCCAGAAGGACUAGCACAAGAUGUCAUCAGCACCAUUGGCCAGGCCUUUGAGCUGCGCUUCAAACAAUACCUCAGGAACCUGCCCAAGCUUGUCACUCCCCACGACAGGAUGGCUGGCUUUGAUGGCUCAGCUUGGGAUAAGGAGGAAGAGGAGCCACCUGACCAUCAGUACUACAAUGACUUUCCAGGGAAAGAGGGCCCUCUUGGUGGGGUAGUAGACAUGAGGCUUCGGGAUGGAGCUGCCCCAGGGGUUACUUGUCCACCCCCACCCAGUACCCAGACCACCAACCACCUAGGAGCCACUUUGCCCGUUGGACAGCUAGGCAGUGGUGACCCUGAUAUUUGAAAACAGCUCCCAACUCCAGGACCAGGUAGAGAACUAUUUGAUGAUCCCUCCUAUGUCAAUGUCCAGAAUCUGGAAAAAGUCCGGCAAGGAGCUGGUGGUCCUUCUCACCCUACUACUAAUGGAAGCGCCCCACGUGACCUCUUUGACAUGAAGCCAUUUGAAGAUGCUCAUCGUGUCCCCCCACCUGCCCCCACAACACCAAUGGCUGAGCAGCUCCGAGGGGAGCCCUGGUUCCAUGGGAAGUUGAGUAGGCAGGAGGCCGAAGAGCAGCUGAGGCUCAGUGGGGACUUCCUGGUUCGGGAGAGUACGACUACCCCAGGCCAGUAUGUCCUUACUGGUCUGCAGAGUGGCCAGCCCAAACAUUUGCUGCUCGUUGAUCCCGAAGGCGUGGUUAGGACAAAGGAUCACCGAUUCGAGAGUAUCAGUCACCUUGUCAGCUACCACAUAGACAAUCACCUACCCAUCAUCUCUGCAGGCAGUGAGCUAUGUCUUCAGCAGCCGGUGAAACGGAACUUGUAA